CACGGAAUGCGCUGUGCUAGCUUUCCAAUUGGGCUAUGCCUGCGAGCGCGACGUCAGUCUAGUUACCGGCUAUUAUGAGGGGCUUGAAGCUGUAAAAGCGGAAAGCUUUUAAGUCUGCCACCCCGCUACUGAAAUUUCAAACGAUACACCAUAGCUGCUCAAGGGCAUCCUCCUCUUUCCCGUUGAAAAUACGACACGAUGCUCUACGCAGAAGGAAACAAACUCGUCUUCCGAUUCGAUGAUCACACCCUCUGGAUCGAGCCCUGGAGCGAGAAUGCGUUCCGUAUUAGGGCCACGAAACUUGCGUCCAUGCCCAGUGAACACUGGGCACUGACUUCGGAGGUGGAUUCACCCAAAGCAACCAUCGAGACCCCAAAUAAUGAGGAUGCAACCAUCGUCAACGGCAAGAUCAGAGCAACUGUCUCUAAACGGGGUAAGAUAACCAUCUUCGACCGCAAGGGGAACAAACUCUUCGAGGAAUAUGCCCGCCAUCGUCGGGACCCCAAGGACCCGAAAUGCAGCGCAUUGGAGAUAGAGGCACGAGAGCUGCGACCAAUUCUGGGAGGCGAUUUCCAUCUUACAAUGCGGUUCGAGUCGCUAGACCCCAAGGAGAAGAUAUUCGGCAUGGGUCAGUACCAGCAGCCGUCACUCAAUCUCAAAGGUUCGGACCUGGAAUUGGCCCACCGGAACUCUCAGGCUAGUGUACCCUUUGCAGUCUCUUCGCUCGGAUACGGCUUUUUGUGGAACAACCCGGGCAUUGGACGAGCAGUGCUGGGAACCAAUACCAUGAGCUUUGAAGCGCUAUCCACAAAAGCGCUCGAUUACUGGGUUGUUGCAGGUGACAGUCCCGCCGAAAUCGUCGAGGCCUACAGUAGGGUGACGGGCUAUGUCCCUAUGAUGCCGGAGUACGGACUCGGAUUUUGGCAAUGCAAGCUGCGGUACUGGAACCAGGAGCAGGUCCUGGACGUGGCGCGCGAGUACAAGCGCCGAGAGGUUCCGCUGGAUCUCAUCGUGGUGGACUUUUUCCACUGGCCGCACCAGGGAGAAUGGAAAUUUGACCCCAAGUUCUGGCCCGACCCAGACGCGAUGAUCAAGGAGCUCAAAGACAUGAACGUCGAAGUCAUGGUCUCCAUCUGGCCGACGGUCGAGACCGCAUCCGAGAACUAUCCCGAGAUGCUAGAACGCGGUCUCCUCAUCCGCCACGACCGCGGGUUGCGGAUCGCCAUGCAGUGCGAUGGGGACAUCACGCACUUCGACGCGACGAACCCCGAGGCGCGCGCUUUCGUUUGGAGCAAGGCCAAGCAGCACUACUACGAGAAGGGAAUCAAGGUCUUCUGGCUCGACGAGGCGGAGCCCGAGUACGGCAUCUACGACUUUGACAUCUACCGCUAUCACGCGGGCAGCAAUCUGCAGAUCGGGAACAUCUUCCCCAAGGAAUACGCCCGGGGCUUCUACGAGGGCAUGCAGGCCGAGGGCCAGGAGAACAUCGUCAACCUCCUCCGCUGCGCCUGGGCCGGCAGCCAGAAGUACGGUGCCCUGGUCUGGAGCGGCGACAUCGCCUCCUCGUGGCCGACCUUUCGCAACCAGCUGGCGGCGGGCCUGAACAUGGGGCUCGCGGGGAUCCCCUGGUGGACCACCGACAUUGGGGGCUUCCACGGUGGCGACCCUAACGACCCCGCCUUCCGGGAGCUUUUCACCCGGUGGUUCCAGUGGGGAGCGUUCUGUCCGGUGAUGCGGCUGCACGGCGACCGCGAGCCCGUCCCGGAAGGCCAACCCACCGGGUCUGGCGCCGACAAUGAGAUCUGGUCGUACGGGGAGGAGGUCUACCAGAUCUGCAAGAAGUACAUCGGCAUCCGCGAGGAGUUGCGCGACUACACCCGGGGCUUGAUGAGGGAAGCGCACGAGAAGGGAUCCCCCGUGAUGCGGACCUUGUUUUACGAGUUUCCAGAGGAUCCCAGGGCCUGGGAUUGCGAGACGCAGUACCUCUUCGGCUCCAAGUAUCUGGUGGUUCCCGUGCUGCAGGCCGGGCAGCGGAAGAUCACGGCGUAUCUGCCGGCUGGGGCGUCGUGGCAGCUGUGGGGUAAGAAGCACGACCAGGUCUACCAAGGAGGACGCGAGGUCGAGGUGGCCUGUCCCAUUGAGACCAUGCCUGUAUUCAUUCGCGUGUAGGUUAACA